UUCUGCGUAGGAAAAAUCGAAGAAAGAUACAUACAACGCGAGAAUAAGAAUCGAAAUUUAUACUCGUUCCUCGACGAGAAGGUAUCGAAAUGAAAAUAUAUAAUCGGCACUAUUGAAACAAUAAGUGCGAAUGCGUAAUGUUUUGCGGGAAUAAUUUUCCACGUUAUAAAUAUUAUUUCGCGGAGGGGAAAUAAAUGAUUGGGGAAGGCGCGUGAUCCCGGCGCGUUAUUUAUCUAGAUCGAGAAACUAAAUCGGAGGAAACGGGGAGUUGGGGACGAGGUAUUUUUCGAAAUUUUGAAAAACGAAGAAAAGCGAGGCGAGAAAUCUUGGUUUCGUUUGCCCUUCUUCCUCCCCUUCCUCCUCUCCCUCCUUCUCUGCCUCUCUUUAUCGUUUAACUCACGCCUACGCACGAACGCAAGGAAUAAUCGAAUCUACCCGCCUACGCCUACCGCUUCUUCCGUCCAACCCUCUCCUCUCUUUCUGUACCUUUUUAGGGUACAACGACAUUUCCUCCGCGACGUGACGGUUGUGUAUCUUACGGACGCGUAAUCUUAAUAGGCGUAGCGUGCGGUCAUCCGGAAAAAGUGACGUCAUUUUAUCCCUGUUCCAACCAAUUAGCUCGCUAUUAUAGGCGAGGCUUAGGUUGCACGACGCUCGAGUCGUAAAACUCGGACAACGCGAAGCGGGGAAAAAGUGACGUCACGUAUCCAUGUCCAUGUACCUUGACAUUUCUCGCGUCUCCACCUCUUACCUCCAACUUCACCGCUCCGGCUCGUUGUUCGACGAGGAGGAUCGUUUACAUCAUCGCGCGCGCACACACACACACGGGGAACAAAAGAGGCGGAGUGGGGGCGGUAGGGGGAGAAUUCGAUCGACGUAUUUUCAAUGCGAUUAAAAAUAAACCUCUCCCCUCGCGCGUGCCUUAUCUUCUCUCGCGCUUGGGUUGCGACGCGACGCGACGCGACGCGGCGCACGUUGCUUUCCCGAAUGGAAACAAAUUACGUAUUUUCCGUAGAGGAGAGAUUUUCAUCGGUCAAAGCGUCCAUUGACGGGGGGAGGGACUCGUCAACACCGGGUCGCCAUCAACACGUGGCAACCUGUUUGCAACCGACAGCUCGAUCGAUCGAGGUUUGGAUGAGCGGCGAGGGGCAACCGUUAACCGUUUCGUAACCGAUCCUUGUCGAUCGACGACAAACAAACGGGGACGCGACGUCCUUUAACCCGGCAAUCAACCGAAAUAUGUAUUCGGUUCGAAUAUACGUGAUCAGUGAUGAUCGAGAUUUCGUUGGUAAUCGAUGGAACGCGGUGAUUCGCGUUUUUCUUCUAAUUUCUUCUAAAUUGAUACUCGGUUUGUUGAACGCGUCGCGGUGCCGAUUCGCCCGUCCCCGCCCAAUAUUUGCACACUCGGUGGCACGUUCCGUCUUUUCAUCUGGAAACGGAGAGAGAGAGAGAGAGAGAGAGAGAGAGAGAGAGGGAGAGAGAAAGAAAGAGAGAACCGAAAAUAUACGAUCGUGGGUUUGACGUAGAACGGUUUGCCGUUACGUGUAUAAGCAACCGGAUAAAAUCGAUCCUGUAUUUGUUUCUUUUUGUCUCCACACUCCGGGAAACGAUAGCCCCGUCCGGGUUGACUUCUCGUCUUUAACAACACCUUCCAUUUCCCCGGCUAAACUCCCUUCCUUAAACUUGAAUUUCCCUUUUCGAAAUUUCCUUUCUUCGAGAUGAAUCGGAAAAAGAUGGUGGUGGGAAGAGCGUCGCUCUCCUUUCCAACGCCGGACGGUAUACUCGACGUGGAUCAAAUUCUCGACACGGAUCCGUGGAAACAGAUCGACAAUUUCGUGCAACACAAUUUCAGGCAAAACCUGUUGGACGAAUUUAACCAACGGUUGAAACUGAAUCCCACGAUCGCGCCAUCAGAGAGUAAGAGCCCGGCAAAGAAACAGGGAACGACGUCAUCGAGGACGCCCCGUAAAAGUGGAACCGCGGCGACGAAGCCGAAAACGAACGGAGGGAAAUCGGCGGCGAAGGAGAAGAAAAGCGUUGAUCGCUCGAAGGAGCCGAAAGGAAAAGAGAUCGCAGGGAAGAAGGAGAAUGGAGGAAAAGGAGUUCCAAAGGCGAAGGAGACCGUUAGCGGCACCGUUAAGGGUGGGGAAAAGAAAGAGGAGAAACAAUCGAAAGUAACGAAGGAAAAUAAAUGCGAGAAACAAGGCUCGCAAAAAUUGAAUUCGAUCGCGAAGAAAAAUUCGAUGGGGGUGUCGUCGGCCCGGAAGAAGAAGGAGAACGUCGUGAACGUCCGUGCGAGCGAAAAAUCGAUCAAAGGAGAAACGGCAGCGAGGAAAAACGACAAAGUAGAGGGAAAGGCGGGGGAGGGGAACGAAAGCUUGAUGAACAGCGUGGAUAAAUCGAGAAGCGUGAUUUCGAUGUCGCAGCUUAAAACAAGCACGCCGAAACGUAACAUUGCUGGUAUUAUUAGCAGUUCCAUUGGGAAGGAAAAUGCUAUCGCAAGGUACAACGUUUCGGCGAAGGGAGAUUAUUCCGUGAGGAGCGAUGUUUCCGUGAAGAGCGAUGUUUCCGUGAAGAGCGACGUUUCCGUGAAGAGGAUGCACUGCUCGUCCACGAUUCGUGCAACGAGCAUAGAUUUGAACAACAACGAAACAACAACAACGAGCAAGAUCGAGAAGAAGAUGGAGAAUAAAGAAGCGGGUGUGGCGAAACUCGAGCAUAAAAAUAUGAUUUUGGGAAAGAUCAAGGAGGAGACGACGCUCGGGAGCAAGGAAAUAUCGAGGAUAUCGAUGAAUGAAAAGAAAACGCUAACGUUGAGUUGCAAAAAGCAGGAUAAAAAAGAGGCGUCGGCAGAGAAUAAGAUUGGAAAGUACGAGAAACGGUUGCUCGAGCGGCGAGAAAGACGACGGAAAAGGAACAUAAAACGGCACGAAAGAAAAGCGGAGCAAGCCAUGGAAGAGUUCAGCCAUCACGUUACUCGCAUCGUGAAAAAAAUGGGUUAUUUGUCGGAAUUCAGUUCGUGUUCCAGUAGCGAAGAUGACGUUAGCAGUUAUUCCGAUUCCUACGAUACUUAUUCCGAAUCCUCGAAAGGAUCGUCUUACUAUUAUUCUUACUCUUCUCGUAGCUCGUGUUCUUGCAGCAGCUCGUCUACCACGUUUUUAUAACCGAACAUUAUUAUUUUAAAACGCGUUUUAAAUAUACCGACAUGUCUCAUUCCCUCCCCGUUUAAAUUCUCACCUCUUGAAUAUGUUUAAUUUUAUUUUUUAAUUAUAUACGACCAUAUUAUAAAUGUUACGUACGAAUAAAGAAUUUACCAAACAAUAACGAAUGAUAAAUUCGAACGAAA